AGUGACGUCAUUGUUUGUGCUGCUGGCGGAAUACGAGUUCAUAUUCUAAACUGCCUGGUUUGAGUUCUACAUAUUUUUUUAGCUGUUUAGUUCUAUGUUUUAGUUUAUUUCGCUUAAUAGCAAAUCACCAUGUCGGUGGCGUUUGCACCUCAUAGACAACGUGGAAAGGGUGAUAUAACACCCACUGGAAUUCAGAAGUUACUGGAUGAAAACAAUCAGUUGAUUCAAUGUAUAAUGGACUUCCAGAGCAAAGGAAAGACAGCAGAAUGUUCACAGUACCAGCAGAUGCUCCACAGAAAUUUAGUUUACCUGGCCACAAUAGCAGACUCCAAUCAGAACAUGCAGUCUCUGCUCCCUGCUCCUCCUACUCAGAACAUGCCCAUGGGCCCUGGUGGGAUGAAUCAGAGCGGAGUGCCGGGCCCCCAGCCCCCCCACGGACACAACAUGCCCUCUGAGGGCAUGGUCAGUGGCGGACCCCCAGCCCCACACAUGCAGAGCCAGAUGAACGGACAGAUGCCUGGGCCUAAUCACAUGCCAAUGCAGGGCCCUGGGCCGGGUCCCAACCAGCCCCCCAACAUGCCCGGCAGCGGCUCCAUGAACAUGCCCCCCAGCAGCCAUGGCUCUAUGGGCGGCUACAACCACGCUGUGCCCUCCUCUCAGAGCAUGCCUGCCCAAGGUCAGAUGAACAUGACCCAAGGACCCAUGGGUAACUACGGCCCCCGGCCCAACAUGAACAUGCAGGCUAACCAAGGCCCCAUGAUGCACCAGCAGCCUCCCUCCCAGCAGUACAACAUACCCCCUGGAGGUGGCGGGCAGCACUACCAGGGCCAGCAGAACCCCAUGGGCAUGAUGGGCCAGGGGAACCACGUGAUGGGGCAGAGGCCCAUGCCCCCUUACAGACCCCCACAGCAAGGACCCCCUCAGCAGUACCCAGGGCAGGAAGACUACUAUGGGGACCAGUACAGUCACGCAGGACAGGGAGCCUCAGAAGGUGGUUUACUACAGCCACCGUUCCCUGAUCAAGGCUUUGAUCCCUCAGAACAAUACUACCAAGGAGAGCGAGACCCAGCAGCCAACCAACAGUCCCCCUAUGAAAAAGAUAAUGAGCGAGACCCAGCAGCCAACCAACAGUCCCCAUAUGAAAAAGAUCAUGGUAAUGCCCAGUAUGGCCAGCAGCAGGAGGCCUACCAGCAAGGUCCUCCCCAGCAGCAGGGCUACCCCCCACAGCAGCAGUACCCUGGACAGCAGGGCUACCCUGGACCGCAACAGGGCUACGGUCCGUCCCAGGGAGCCCCAGGCCAGUACCCCCAGGGUUACCCCCAGGGCCAGGGGCAGCAGUACGGGGCCUACCGGGGCCCCCAGCCCGGCCCCCCUCAGGCCCAGCAGCAACGCCCAUACCCAGGCUACGAUCAGGGACACAUGAGGAAAUAAAGACCCAGGGAUUUGAACCCCUGACUAGUUCUGUAAGAAGCAAAGGGUCAAUAUGGAAAUUACCAGCAAUGAGAGAUGGCCAUGGCAGUCACUCAGUCAGUCACCAAGAGCCCUGCUCUGACCUCUAACCUCUGACCUCUGUACAACUGUUAUCUGGACUUUUAUAACGGCUGCAGCUCACAGAGACGCCCCCACACACACACUUUGCCCUCUGUAUCCCCUAUGUCUGGGCCUUAUGUAAUGAGAUGAUUGUGUUCACUUCCAUUUCUCCCCUUCUAGUCUGAGUUAAGUCUCAAAGCAGCAAUGCCUUAAAACCAAACAGAGCUGCCUUAUCCAGAGCACUGCAGAUUUCGAAAAGGGCAAAAAAUUACCCGUAAAAUUAAUUUUGUCUACAUCACAGAGGACAGAAGUGUACAGAACUGAACUUCACACUCUUGUAGGGCAAUGUUUCUCCAUCCAAUAGCCCCCUGUUCAUAAGAAGCAAUAAUGCCAAUGGGAAGUGGAGGGGUGGGACAGGGAUGGAGUGAGGAGAUUUUACACCAGAAACAAAAUUCUGUAAGGCUAUGUUAUGUCAAGGUCAACAUAUGUGAUGAUGUAAACAUGUAUUUUAUGAUUUUUAGAUGGAGCUAAUUUUGUAUAAGAAUUUGGAGUACUGUUGAAUAUUGUUUCUGUUUUCCACCUGAAGUGUUAUGUCUCUUGAUGUAAAUUGUGAUUAACAUUGUUUUCAUCUGCUAUUUUGUUUGUUCUUUUGUUAUUUGUAACCCCUGAUUUCCCUUUGCUUCUUCAAUGACUUGUACAUUGAAUAUGUGCUUGGGGUGAACAAAUCGGCUGCUUUUGUUUUAUGAAUGGAUUGUACAUAGAAAGCCCUCAAACAAACUGAGAACACCUAUUUGUAUUGGAGCUUCAGUAGUGAAACAUUAUUUUUUUGGGCAACAAAACAUGACCUGUGAGUGGGGCUGUAUUCUGACUUUGAGAUCUACAGUAUUUGUGUAACUAAGGUUGCAAAACUACCGGUAAUUUACCAAAGUUACCGGAAUAUUGCGUGAUUUUAGUCAUUAACAGAAUCUAUUGUAACUUUGGUAAUCUAGUAAUCUAUACUUGAAUAACUUUUAAAAACUAUUCGUAUAUAGUGUUCAUUUAUUAUAUCUGUGACCAUAUUGUCCAUGAGUUUUAUAUUAGAUAGUAGGGUGGCAGGUAGCGCGUUGGGCUAGUAACCGAAAGGUUGCUGGUUUGAAUACCUGAGCAGACUAGGUGACAAAUCUGCCGACUUGCCCAUGAGUGAGGCACUUAACCCUAAUUUGCUCCAGGAACGCCAUCGCUGACCAUGUCAAACACCACAUUUCUCUGGACUAAUCUGGUGUAUGUGACAUUUUUUUAUUUUACCAUAUUUUUCAAGAGAAAAUAACCUAAUUAAUGGCAAAAAGCAUCUAAUCAACAAUUACAUAAUUUUUUCACUAAUCUAAUUUACUUUUUUCACAACUGCCACCUGUUUGAUGCCCAAACAUUAAUAAAACAUUGACAUAAAAUAAAUAAAAGUCUGUAAAAAGGAAAUGUCAUGCUGAAACCCUCAUAUUAAACACCAAUGAAUGGUAUUCAUUUAGUUAAUUUUUUAUUUAGGAUUGUUUAACAUCUUUGUCAUAUUUUUUUAACUCUAUGGGAUCGCUGUCCCUAAACCUGGAUGGUUGUUGCUAAUGUGACUAGAAUGACAUAAGUAACAGCCAACUUUCCAGUACAUAGAUAUGUCUUAUAUGGGCAGAAAGCUUAAAUUCUUGUUAAUCUAACUGCAGUCCAAUUUACAGUAGUUAUUACAAUGAAAAAAUACCAUGCUAUUAUUUGGAGAGUGCACAACAACAAAACACUUAUCAUGGAAACUGGUUUGAUACAUUCACCUCUGAAGGUAAAUCAUGUACUUACACUCAGUAAUCCUGCUCUGUGUUUGUCAUCCUGAGGGUCCCAGAGAUAAAAUGUAGCAUAGUUUUGUUUGAUAAAAUACAUAUUAUAUUCAAAUGUAGGAACUGGGUUCUGUCUUUGGCCCUGCCUGGCCAUCUAGAUGUAUGACAUUCCUGAAUGUGUGUAAACUUGUAUUUUUUUAUUACCAUAGCAUGUUUGUAUGUUCUCUAUAGUUAUGUACUUGAAAAUGUAUCAAUUGGCCAAUUCGGCACAUUUGGGCAAACUCCUGGCAGACUUGAUACAAAAUAUAGUGUACUAAUGUAAUGCUUCACUGGAUCAGUCUGAAACUUUACACACACACUGCUGCCAUCUAAAUUACACCUAAACUCCUAUCUGAAUGUAUGGCCUUUCUCUUGCAUUUCAUAGACGAUGGAACAAUUAUUAUUUUCUGAAAACGCAUGUUUUUGUUUGUAUUAUCUUUUACCAGAUCUAAUGUGUUAUUCUUCUACAUUAAUUUCACAUUUCCACAAACUUCAAAGUGUUUCCUUUCAACUGGUAUCAAUAAUAUGCAUAUCCUUCCUUCAGGUCCUGAGCUGCAGGCUGUUAGAUUUGGGUAUGUCAUUUUAGGUGGAUUUUUGCUGGGUUGCUGGUGGUUGGACUCUAUAGAGGGUAGGGUACCUUAGCCGAGAAGAACCUAGCCCCAUCUCACCCUGAAGCGGAGCAGAGCUCAGAUAUUUUACAUGUUAUUACCCACACAGAGGGCCAGAGAUUAUUAGACACUUGUCAUAAUCUGAAUUACACAAAUGGGCCACUAGAUGUCUUCUGACGGAUUGUAAAAAAAAAUCCUUGGAAGAUAAAAAACAAUUCUGUUAGUUUACAGGUCAACUUUGAAUGUUUCAAGUAAUACACCCUCCCUUUGCAAACCUAUGUAUAACACAAAGCACUGAGCCCAUAUUCAUAAAGUGUCUCAGAUUAGGACAGCUGAAUUGGGAUCAAUUUAGCCUUUUAGAUAAUAUGUAAGAAUAAAUAGAUAGGGGAGACCUGAUCCUAGAUCAGCACUCUGACUCUGAGACGAUUUAUUAAUUUGGGCCCCUGAAUGCUUCCAGUACCCCCUGCUUCUCCUAAAAGUUUAAUUUAGAAGCAUGUAUCUUAUGGCCUUGGUGCUUUAGUGUGCUCUGUUAUUGGUAGCUGAAUAAGAGAUUAAUUCAGUUGUGUGAUAUUCCAAACAUAUGUCUAAUGUGCAUCGGACACAGCUCUGGAGAAUAGUGUCUGCUCGAUACAUUACGUUUUUAUCUGCAACUUUCUGAACGUUUUGCCCGUGCUGAAUAUUCCCAUAAUGGGUCCGUGGGAGUGCAUUGACCACAGACUGUCCGAUCAGACUGUCGUACAUUCAGCUUGUUUCAGACAGAAUGAAUCGUCUUUACAAUGUUGGAUGAGAUUUCUCCCCCGAAUAAACUUUUACAUUUUUGUUAUUUAAGAAAAUGUAAUGUACGUUAACCACCAACAGAAUAAUAUGAGUUAUGUGGAGUAUAAUGUAAGUAACCACCAGCAGAAUAAUAUGAGUUAUGUGGAGUAUUAGGUAAGUAACCACCAACAGAAUAAUAUGAGUUAUGUGGAGUAUUAGGUAAGUAACCACCAACAGAAUAAUAUGAAUUAUGUGGAGUAUAACAUAAGUAACCACCAACAGAAUAAUAUGAGUUAUGUGGAGUAUAACAAAGUGUUACGUUAUACUCUAAACUGAGUGUCUUGCUGUAAUGAUUUGAGAUACAUUUCCUAUGAUGUCAUGCAACAUUUCACUCUUGUACAGACUGGUUGUGUUAUUUUAUGAAACCUUGGGCUUGAUAUACAUUUGUACAAUAUGCAUAAAUCAUGCACAUAUUAUAGAGAAGAUAGAAGUAUGGUGAUUGGUUUCCAGUCAGCCUCAAAGAUACUAACCUUGGUAUGCUUUAGUACAUACCUUGUAAUAAAUGUUUUGUCUUUCAUUUACCCUGUAGCCAACAUGAUGUUACUGUAAGUGUCAUUGUGAUGUGAAACUGUACAGUAUGUCACUGAAAAACUGCAACAAUAAAUUGCUUGAAUUUUUUAAA